UUAUUUAUAUAUCGGAUUUACUAGAGCUGGUUGAUCGAAAGCGUGAAAUUAUCAUCCUUGAGCAUCGAUCAUCAAACAUGUGUUAUUAGUUCGAAUCUUUCUUUUUUGGAGCAUUUCUCGUUGAGAGCCUCGACUUGUCUUAAUUAACCGAUAACUUAUCGAGUCGAAGAACCGGAAUCGACGUUGGUCACGGAAUAUCGCGAGCGGAACAAGAUACGGUCACAAUAUAUGACGCGAAGUUAAUUUAUUAUCGAGAAUUAAUGCCUCGAGGUAAAAAAAAUCGGUUACUACGUAAUUAGUAUCAUCGUCGCCUGUGAAUAAUUUUGAGCCGAAUGGAGCUGGAUCGUCGUCCUUCCAUCCGGGAGUCCGUCUGUCCAAAAUAUGUAAUCUGCGAUUGUCCCGAACUACAUUUGACGACCGAUACACUUGAAAAAUGUCGCGAAGUAGAUGCGGAUCGUACGAUAGAGAAAUUGCGACAACUCGUAUCGGAUCCCGUCACCAGUGAUCACGUCGCGCGGAUAUCCCGACUCUUGUGUCAUUAUCUGCUCGAGAUUGGCGACGAGGGCUAUCCAGUCAAGCACCUGUCGGCUGUAACAAAGGUACUAGAAUUUCUAGCCUGGAAGUCCAGAGAAAUCAACGACUAUCGAGUGCAUCUGGACCGGAUGCUGCAUUUGUGCAAUCGACCACCAUUAUUGAAACGUACUUCCGAGAGUCUUAUUAGCUUCGCCAUCGUGGAACACUAUUUCACGACGCUGGGUUAUCUCCUGAUAAUCUUACCCAGCGAAGAAAAGAUUCAGAAAAUCCACGAGGCUCUUGAUUGCUUAUUAAUCGAACGAAAGAAAGUAACAAAUGUAGCGGCGAUAAAAUUGGAUCUCCGUCGACGCGCCAUGGAAAGUUCCAAAUUACCAAUCAUCAUCGUCGAAUUACUGGGGGCUGCUUUGACAAAAAUGUACCCCAAAAUCUUGGAAUUGAUCUUCAUACUUGCCUCGAUCUCUUCCCAAUGUUGUUACAGAAUGCUUGAAGCCGGCAUACUGAAUACGCUACUUACCAGAAUGGAUCUUCCAUAUGCGACGCAGCUGCGCUGUACCAGACCUCCGGACAUGCCGAUCGAAGGAGAGGAAUAUCCGAAGGACACCAUGCUCCUGAAAAUGAAAUUGUUAUGGAGUCUCAUGAGAUCGAUAUUGCCUCCGAAAAAGCUACCGGAAAAUCUGAAAAAUCUCUCUUCGCCCAAGCUAUGCGCCAUGUGGGGCUUAAGAUACUCUUUCAAGCGGCAAAUACUUUACGGCCAAUAUUGCGCUGUCAAUAUGAAAAUUAGGAACGAUAUCGCCGCGUUGAUCCUCGCUGGGAUCGUGGCUCUACCAUCGUGGAAUCUCAUUAGCAGCGGUAUCGCGGAAGAUAUUAUCGAACUUUUAUCUGCGAUCGGAUCUGGCAUUAUUAAGAUAUGGACGGAAGAUGUCAAGUUCUCUGACAGCGAUGAGGAUCUCUUUUUCAAGAGAACCUUGCUGAUGAUCAUCGCUUAUCUCGCCGACAUCGACAUUUAUGUUUUCGUGAUGAAGAAAAUGAUGAUUAUGCCGAUUCUCCUUCAAAUCAUUAAAGCCUACAUGAGGAGCAAAAAGAAUAAAGGCUCUUCUUUAUCGUUGAUUCUAUUGGAACACGCGUUGCAUAUCUUAUCAUUGUUGGCGCCACGAAUGAAAGAAGAAUUUGUAAAAUGCAAAAGCACACUCACAUCUAGAUUAUUGGCGAUACUUGAGCAAGUUUUGAAUACGGAAUUCAAUGAGCAUCUUGCAAUGAUUAUUAUAAGAACAAUCUGUUCGAUAACUCUGCAAGGCGAUGCUCUUCUACUAGAGGACUUUCGGAAAUUUGAAAUGAUACCAUUAUUAAUCAGCUUAAUCAAUAAUAUACUAGGUUUAAGUAAAUUCACGAUGACGAGGCAACGAAUUUUAACGUUACUGCUGAUCGCUCUAGAGAAUCUCGUCAAAAAACAGACAUCUGUUCAGCAGAUGUACGGAAAGCAAAGUGUCGAUUUCGUAAUGGAAAUCUUUGCAAGAUGUUUGUAUAAAGAAAACGAAAAUUUCCAAGUGGAUCAACGACUUUUGUUAGCAAUAGGCUCCUACGUUUGGGAAUGCAUGGCACGAUGUCCCAUAAAUCUUCAGAUUUUUCUCAAGAGUGGCGGAUUGUAUUCUAUGUUGGACAUCAUCGAGAUCGCGAGCUAUCCCGUGAGAUGUUUGUAUCUCGGUGCGCUGACUGACAUGUGCGAUUGCACCUUCUGUGGACCGUGUCUUUGCACCUGGAGAGGUGCCGAUAAGAAGACAGGAUUAAUGUCUUUGCUCGCGAUCGUCUGGCGAGAGGAGGAAGAUAGAAUCGGCAUCAAAAGACGCGCCGAUGGUUCGAUAACAGAUUCUGAAUUACCUCAAAUGGGCACUAAGCAAUGGACAGAUACUUAUCGUUCACAGCUCACGGCAGAUGCCAGUCCCACUAUAAUCGACAUGAUCGGUUCAGUGCGAUCAAAGAUUUUCAGUAUUGUGAAAAUCAUCGAGAAAGAUGAUGAUAAAUAUGAAAUUGCUAAAAAGCAUUACAAGAUCCUGCUUCACGAAUUACCAAUAAAAGAUCGCGUAACUUUAUGCUGCGUCGACAUGUACCUGCGACUGAAGCUGGGUCAAAUGUGGACAGAGCUCAGCAGAUAUUUGCAGCAGGUCGGAAUCACGCCUUUAAGCGUGGAUGGGCAUCUAAUCGCUCACAUGGUGCACUGGCACCGUUCCUGGGGUAUACUAAUCGAGGAGCGACAAAGGAAGCUGAUCGCGGCUGUUAAACAUGCGGAUGAAAUCGUGGAGAGGGACGAGCUCGCGAGGAUACGCGACUCCAAGUUGGCGGCGACCUUGGAUGCAUUGAACGAGGUCGAUCGUAUUCGUCGCACAGCUGAUAGAUCAUACAUGCUGCGUAAGAAGGACCGUCAGAGGCGACAAGUUAACGCUGCCUUGUCGUUUCCACGCGACGCCGACGUCGAACGAUGUCACCGAACGUUUUCGGAUAAAACGAACGUCACGGUUGUUCUCGGACAACAUCAAUCAAUCGACAGCUCGCACCUGGAAGGUUCACGUGACUUUGCGGAGUUACCCCUCGUGUCACCCCCUGAUUCACUUCGCGAAGAAACCUUUUCUUCGUUCGACGCUGCUUCGAAUGACUCUUACUUUUAUGAAUGUCAGCUCGCAAAGGAGUACCUUAUCGAGAAUCUAAAUCGAUAAUCUUCAUAUUUAUAUUAAAAAAAAUUCGAUUAAAAAAUAUUAUAUUAAAAAGACACAAAGCUAAAGAAUUAAUUACAAAAAUUAUAUUUUCUUCCUGUUCUUGUGACAAGCGAAACAAUAUUAUCUUGCUACGAUAGAGCAGUUGUCCACCUUGUCGACAAGAAUCUAUUGUCAAGAGAAUUUCACCUUUUGACAGUAUAAUUAAUCUAGCAAACUUCGAUCUAUAUUCUAAAUAAACGAGAUUUGAAUUCGAGAAAAGAAACA